AUGAAUAACAAUUCGAAGCCGCAGUACAUGGACAAGCAGAUCAUGGAUCUCUCCGAUUCCCAGAGUCCUAUCACUGCUCAUAUCAGCAGCGCCGGCGGCAACAAUGACUUCAUCGAUCUCAUGAAUCGGCCUGCUGAGAAGAAGGACGAUAUCGUUCCCAGCUACGAUUUCGUGCCGAUUAGGCCAUCUUUGGGAUCAUCGUCGCCGACUGCCGGACGUUCGUCGAAUUUGGGUUCCGGCAACGACGAUGCGCCGAUGAGGACUUGGAAUUCUGUGGAUUCCAAAAUCGGCGCUUCUCCUGUCCGAAAUUACAGUUCUCCUGUUGCUGAUGAACCUGCUAACUUCAGUUUGGGGAGAAAUCACAACUCCAGUGAUGUGUCCUUGGAUGUGUCGUUAGUUUCUGAAAUUGACAGGACAAUGAAGAAGCAUAUGGACAAUGUGAUGCAUGCAGUUGAUAAAAUGAGUGCACGAUUAACACAAUUGGAAACAAGGACUCGCAAUAUUGAAAAUUCUGUUGAUGAUCUAAAGGUUAUUAUUGAGAACAACCAUGGCAGGUCUGAUGGAAAAAUGAGGUCGUUGGAGAAUGUUCUUACAGAGGUGCAGACAGGCGUACAGUUCAUAAAGGACAAAGAGGAAAUCAUCGAAGCUGAGCUGAAGAUUGCCAAGCUGCAAAUCCCCAAAACCGAACAAGUCGAAAACAAGAACUCAUCAAACCCCGUUCCUUCCCAUACUGGUAUACCCACCCACCAGCAGUUUCCAAACCCUUCCUUAACACAACCUCCACCACCAACCCUCCCACCUCUCAAUGCCCCUGCACCAACCCCACAGCACAACGCUUACUCGUCGGGCAUUCGCCCGCCCUCUGGAGCUUCUCCUCCUCUCCAGUCCCAACAGUACUACGGGCCCAACCCAAAUGUUUACGAGCCUCCGUCGAGCAAAAUUGGGCCGGGCCCUGGAUAUUCUGGUUCUUUCGGCCCACCACCAUCAGGUCACGGUGAACCAUAUCCAUACAGUGGUUCCCCUGUUAAGUCCCAGCAAAUUUCAUCUCAUGGUAUGGGUGCGAGCGGAUAUCCACAGCUUCCAACUGCUCGAAUAUUGCCUCAAGCACUGCCGACGGCAUCUGCAGUUGGUGGUGGGCCCGGGCCUGGGACGGGCUCGGGGUCUAAUAGGGUCCCGAUCGAUGAUGUUGUGGAUAGAGUGACAAAUAUGGGAUUUUCGAGGGAGCAAGUGAGAGCAACUGUACGGAAGUUGACAGAAAAUGGACAGGCGGUCGAUUUGAAUGUGGUGCUGGACAAGUUGAUGAAUGAAGGUGAUGGCCAAGCUCCGAGAGAAGAAGAAGAAGAAGAAGAAGAAGAAGAAGGAGCAGGAACCAAAACCUCGGCGAAAUACCAAUUUAUCAGGUGA